GCUGCCUGGGGAGGAGGACCAAGCUGCGCGCUUAGGAAGGUGUGGGGACGGUGUGACCCAUUUAUUCCAAGAAGAAAUCUUAACUGGUUUCCAGAAAGGCAUCUUGGGGAGGGGAUGGGGUGCCAGCGACACCCUCCCAGUGGCAUCCUCUCCCAGGGCACUGAAAGAAAGCCAUAGCUGCUUGGGGGAGGGGGCAGGGACUUUCCCCCUUGCCUCCGGUCCCCAGGCACUGAGAUGACAGAUCACAGGAGACAGCUCAACCCGACACUGGCGACAGGACAGGAAAUCCCAGACCUUCUUGUCUCAGGGCCUGUGGUGGGCAGCCGGACCCAGGGCCAGUGACCAGGAGGCGUGGCCUGGAGACACAGAAGGAGCCAGUCUGCCUGGCGGCACCUCAGUGGUCCUGGGGUCCAGCCUCUUCCCCCGGCACCUGCAGAUGACAACCGCCCCUCAGGCAGGCUGAUGCCGUCCUGCACUGCUUCCCACUGGGGGGCUCCACAUCCUGCCCGAGCCGCCCUGGUGGCCCGUGCUCUCCCGAUGGGGCCAGCCAGCCCCCGCUCCCCACCACGGGGACGCUGCUCUGGCUUGCUGUUGAGCCCCACCUGAGAGUCCCUGCGGCCCAGUGAAUCCUGCUGGGCGGGGUCCAAACCCGGGUCCCCCUGCCUCCUACCCCCACAGCAGCACCGGCAUCCUUUUGCAAAAACAAUGAUCUGGAUCAUCUUUAUGGGGCUUAAGCCUGGGUGGGAGCAGAUGGGGCGUGAGCUGGGGAUUUGGGGCUGGGUAUCCGCUCUCCCCACGUCACAAUCUUUUAAAAAGCCUUCUCCGGCACAGGGCCGGGUUAGAGGCCAGCAGAGAGGGAGACCCAGGGGAGGGGAGCGGGGACCACGAUGGACCAGGAAGAGAAGGUGGACGGGAGCUCGGGCCCCUGCGUCAAGGUAAGCACACCCCCACACACCCCCAACUCAAGGGCCUGUGAAUGACAAGACUAAUUAGUUUGUAGGGCACCUAAUUAGCAGGCAGGUCUCCUGGGACCCCUGACCCAGUUGCCACGGCCCGAGGAAGUGCUGGUGGGCACGAGGGUCCACGUGCCUAGUCCAGCCCCAGGGCAGGGGUCGGGGCUCUCAGUGCCGACCCCUGUGAGGUGGGAGACGCAGAUUUAGGGGCAGCCCCUCGUAUGUUUCCCUGGCCCGCAUCCCAGCCCCCCGGCUCCCCUGCCGUCAGGCCCCAAUUUAGGACGUCAGGAUGCUGGCACCCGCAGCCUCUCCCUUGAGGCGGCACCACGUGAAGUGGCCCCGCUGGCCGGGCCCCUGGGGCGGGGGCCGGGCUCGGGAAGGAGGCUCAGGUCUCAUUCUGAGCAGCUCUGCAGAGCAGCACGUCGGCGGGACCAUGGCUGGCUCUCCAGACCAGGAGGGCUUCUUCAACCUGCUGACCCACGUGCAGGGCGACCGGAUGGAGGAGCAGCGGUGCUCACUGCAGGCGGGGCCGGACCCGGCCUCCGAGAGCCAGAGUGGCCCUGCACCCGAGAUGGACAGUCUCAUGGACAUGCUGGCCAGUACCCAGGGCCGCCGUAUGGAUGACCAGCGUGUGACAGUCAGCACCCUGCCUGGCUUCCAGCCCAUAGGCCCCAAGGACGGAAUGCAGAAACGAGCCGGGACGCUCAGCCCCCAACCCCUCCUCACCCCUCAAGAUCCGAGUGCUCUCAGCUUCCGUCGGAACAGCAGCCCCCAGCCCCAGACCCAAGCCCCCUGAGGGCCUGACACGUCCUGGGCCCUACUUGGCCCCUAAAAGCAGACAAUAAAACACUUCCACGAGAAACAA